AUGUGCGGUUCAAACUUCAAUGCUGAACUUGGUGAUUUUGGGUUGGCUAGACUUGUUGAUCAUGAAAAGGGGCAUCAAACAAUGGUUCUGGCAGGAACAAUGGGGUCCAUGGCACCUGAAUGUGCAGUCACAAGCAAAGCUAGUAAAGAAUCAGAUAUUAUCACUGGAAAUAACUUGUGGGAGGAAACCCAUCGAUAUAAGGAUGGAAUGAAGAGAGAUGGUAGAGUGGGUGUGGGAGCUAUAUGGAAAAGGAAGCUUCUCGAAGCCGUGGGCCUGACGCUCUGUGAGCAGUUUGAGGAGCAAGAAAUGGAGCACUUGAUGGUUGCUGGGCUCUGGUGUGCUCACCCAGAACACAAUCUGAGACCCUCAACCUGGCAGGUUGAGCAAUUCCCGAGGCUCCAUUACCAAAUUUGCCAGCAACAAUGCCGGUCUCAACAUACCUUUGUCCUCUGA